AGAGGAAUAUGUUAAUCUGUUUAAUAUGUUAACUGAAGAACAAAGGUCGGUGUUUGAAGAGAUAAUGAAAUCUGUUGAUGGUAACACUGGAGGGAUGUUUUUUGUUUACGGAUAUGGUGGCACCGGGAAAACCUUUUUAUGGAAGACGUUGUCUGCUGCACCUCGAUCAAAAAGAGAAAUUGUAUUAAAUGUUGCUUCGAGUGGAAUUGCAUCGCUGUUAUUGACAGGCGGCAGGACUGCACACUCCAGAUUUCGUAUUCCUUUGAAUCUUAAUGAGGAUUCGGUAUGUCAUAUAAAAGCUGAUAGUGAUGUCGCUAAAUUGUUGCGUCAGACCAAACUUAUUAUAUGGGAUGAAGCACCUAUGGUCCAUAAACAUGCGUUUGAAGCCUUGAACCGCACGAUGAAUGACAUUUUCAAUUUCGACACCUCAAGAAAUUCUGAAAUCUCAUUUGGUGGUAAGGUUAUUGUUUUUGGUGGAGAUUUUAGACAAGUACUUCCCGUUGUUCGAAAUGGUGGAAGACAAGAGACGGUGAACGCAUCAUUAAGUUCGUCUUAUUUGUGGAGUAAAUGUAAGGUGCUAACGUUGUCAAGGAAUAUGAGGUUAACCGUUAGAAGAUCUCCAUCCGAGAUUAAGGAAAUUAAUAGUUUUGCUAAGUGGCUUUUGGACAUAGGAGAGGGAAAUGUUGGUGGUCCUAAUGACGGAGAAGCGACAAUUGAAAACUUUAGAAGUCCUAAUUAUUUUAGUGAUAGGGCUAUACUUGCGCCGAAGAAUGAGGUUGUUAACGAGAUUAACGAUAGGCUGUUAGCGUUGUUUCCCGGUGAAGAAAGAGAGUAUCUAAGCUCUGACCGUCUUUGUGCAACUGAAAAUGUUAGUUCAAUACAAGAAAGAUUAUACACACUGGAUGUUCUCAAUGGUCUUAAAGUUUCCGGCUUACCAAAUCACAAGUUAGUGCUAAAAGUUGGUGUGCCAGUCAUGUUGUUACGUAACAUUGACCAAAAAAAUGGUUUGUGCAAUGGUACAAGGUUGAAGGUUACAAAGUUGUAUAACCGUGUAAUAGAGGCUGAAAUAAUAUCUGGAGCUAACAUUGGUACUCGAACCUAUAUUCCCAGAAUUAGUUUAGUACCUUCAGACAAGAAGAUUCCCUUUUCAUUUCAAAGAAGGCAAUUUCCGGUUGUUGUUUGCUUUGCCAUGACUAUCAAUAAAAGCCAAGGCCAAUCACUUUCUAGAGUUGGUCUGUACCUAAGAAAACCGGUUUUCACGCAUGGUCAGUUGUAUGUCGCAUUAUCGAGAGUUAGAACAAGAGACGGUGUUAAAUUGCUAAUACUGGACAAAGAUGGGAAGCCUACAAAUAAAACAACUAAUGUUGUGUAUAAAGAAGUAUUCAACGACUUAUGA